CUAUAUAGCGGGGAUCAUCAAAGAUAGUGGCAAAAUACGUAAAAACACUUUGAUAGCAAGGGUAAUUAAUUAACAUUGUUAAUAUAAAUAUCGAGGGGAUGUUAGUGUUUUACGCAGGUGAGAGAAAAACAAGGAGAAGUUGAUCAAUGGCUUUGAAGGAAGAGUUUGAAGAGUAUGCUGCGAAGGCAAAGACUCUACCUGACUGCUCAAAUGAAAAUCUGCUUAUUAUUUACAGUCUUUACAAGCAAGCAACCAUUGGAGAUGUCAACACUGCUCGCCCUGGAAUGUUCAGUCCUAAGGAAAGAGCCAAAUGGGAUGCAUGGAAAUCAGUUGAAGGAAAAUCAACUGAAGAAGCAAUGAAUGAUUACAUCACUAAAGUGAAGCAGUUGUUGGAAGAAGCUGGUGUUUCUGCUUAAUUUACUCCUAAAUCUUAUUAUCUGCAACUGAAAAAUGAGAAACAUUUCGCUUUAUUGUAUGUGGUUAACUAAAAAGUACUUGUGAGUACAUCUGCAUCUUAUUGAAUGCAUAAGAUAUUUAAAAUGCCAUUUCUAA